UUUGCCAGGGUCUAAUGUGUUACCUAUGCAUGCAACCUGGAGUCCACCUGUCAGUGUAACAGUGGGGUAACAGAGGACCUGUCGUCAGGGCCUGGGAUGGGCAGAGCAUGUCUGCCAACCACCAUGGAUGUGUAAUAUGAGCAAGAAAUAAAUUUUUCAUGUGUAGGUCUGCUGAGUUGGGGGCUUAUGUGUUCCAGAGCAUAACCAGUUCCAUCCUGACUGUAGGGGAUCCUGUUUCUCCUUUUUACCUUGGCCUUAGCAGCUUGGUGCCAUCUUGGCCAUACCCAUCUGCAGAGCUGCCUGGUCUGGAUAUCGCAUGUUAGUUAUUCUGACUUUUUGAGUAGUCUUGAUUUCCUGGUGACUAUGCCCUGCCCAGCAUGGCACCCCCACUGCAGCCACCCCCAGACCCCCAGUUUGUCCUUCGAGGCACGCAGUCAGCAGUGAAUGCACUCCAUUUCUGCAGAGAAUCCCAGGCUCAGGGGAGCUCCCUUCUCUUCUCAGGGUCUCAGAGUGGCCUGGUGCACAUCUGGAGUCUGCAGACACGGAGAGCCGUCAGCAUCCUGGAUGGCCAUGGAGGGCAGAGUGUGACCUGGCUGCAGUCACUGCCCCAGGGCUCCCAGCUCCUCAGCCAGGGCCGGGACCUGCGGCUCUGCCUGUGGGACCUGGCAGAGGGCAGGAAUGCCGUUGUGGACUCUGUGCACCUGGAGAGUGUGGGAUUCUGCAAGAGCUCCAUCCUGGCCAAUGGACAGCCAUGCUGGAUGCUUGCCAUGCCAGGGAAGGACACUGACGAGGUUCAGAUUCUGGAGAUGCCAUCCAAGACGUCAGUGUGCACCCUGAAGCCGGAGGCUGACGCCAAGCCAGGCAUGCCCAUGUGCCUGCGGCUGUGGCAGGCCAACUGCAGUGCCCGGCCCCUCCUUCUAGCUGGGUAUGAGGAUGGAUCAGUGGCCCUGUGGGACAUCUCAGAGCGGAAGGUGUGCAGCCAAGUCUCCUGCCAUGAGGAACCCGUUAUGGGACUUGACUUUGACUCCCAGAAGGCCAAGGGCAUCUCAGGCUCCGCGGGCAAGGCUCUGGCUGUCUGGAGCCUGGAUGGGCAGCCAUCCCUGCAGGUGUGCACCACUCAUGAACUCACUAAUCCAGGGAUCUCUGAGGUCACAAUCCGGCCUGACCACAAGAUCCUGGCCACAGCAGGCUGGGACCAUCGCGUCCGGGUGUUUCACUGGAGGACAAUGAAGCCUCUGGCCGUGCUGGGCUUCCAUAGCGCUUCUGUCCACUGUGUGGCCUUCGCUGCUGACAGCUUGCUGGCUGCAGGGUCCAAGGACCAGCGAAUCAGUGUCUGGUCUCUCUACCGACCACGUGACUCAGCCGCAGCCGCUGUGGGAGAGUCCGAGGUGGGAGGCAGGCAUCUCACUGCAGCCUGACCCUGUCCUGUGGAAACUGACCCUCUGCUGGGCACCAGCGGCUCACGCCUGUAACCCUAGCUAUUCAGGACGCUGAGAUCUGAGGAUCGAAAGACUUUUUAAAUUUUUUUAUUGGUAUUAUA